GGAAAAUGCAAAUGUCCAUCAGCCCUGCCCUUAUAACUGUAUUGCACCAGCCCCUGCCCACCCAAAUAUAAUAUUGAUUACUAUGUCAGGCUUUUGGUUGUUUGUUGAAAUUGUUGUUUUAUGUUGUUCUAUGACGUUGUUUUAAUUUUACUGUGCUAUAUUUUAACUAUGUCUGAUGGGGCUUGUCCCCUUGUAAGUCCCUUAGGUGAGAUGGUGGCAGGAUACAAAAAUGAAGUUAUUAUAUUAUUAUUAUUAUUAAAUGUGGAAAUUUCUCAUUGAAAUGAAAUUUGAACAAAAUUUUCCAUCUUUAACUAGGCCUUAUAAAACCAUUGUGGCUGAACCAGAUCAUCAUUCAAAGAAGAAUACAUUUUCAGGGCAAAGACUUUAGUGAGAGUGACCCUUAAAAUAAAAGUUAACCUAAGGCUAAAGAAACAUCCUUUCUACACAAUGGACAUUUCUAUGGUUUGCCUUCUGGAUGGAUUUGCUGGCAUGACAUAAGGCUUCUAGCAUGCCAAAAAUGCUUCCCAUACCCCAAAUAUUCUUGUGGCUUCCUCAUCAUAUGAAUUGUCCAAUGUGGUAUACUAUGGUAUAAUGCAAACACCUUGGAAAGCAGCAGUUAGAGGAGUGCCUUUGUUCAGGAGAGAUUAGAAAAUGGCUGAUCCGGAAUCAAGUCAUCGUGAAGAAGUCUGUGAAGAGUUGGCGCUGAAGGAACCCAUCGCUGUGGUGAAUGAACCACCCCUCCAUAAAGAAGAUUGUGAAAGUGUGGGACUGAAGAAUGUCAGGGAAAAUGUGUCAGAAUCUGAAAGAAAAGACAGCUGCAGCAAUGGUGACGAGCUGGGAGGUGAUCUGACUAAAAAUGAAACCAAGGGGGAGCUACCGGAUCCCAUGGGCUCAAGCAGAGAAGGGGAUGCAGUGGAGGAAGAAGAGAUUCUUUGUGACUUCUGCUUGGUUGAAAAGGUACCGGCAGUGAAAUCCUGUUUGACCUGCAUGGUAAAUUAUUGCCAGGACCACUUGCGGCCUCACUUGGAGAAUGUCAAACUCCAGACACACAAGCUUAUGGACCCACGAAAAGAUAUUGACAUAGAGAGCUGUGAAGCCCACAGGGCACAUCUCAGUUGGUUCUGCCAUGCUGACCUUACUUGUGUCUGCGAGGAGUGCCUUGCUGAUGGACACCAGGAGCACAAAGUAGAUACUUGUGAGGUGGCCAGGAAAGAAAAGGAGAAUGAACUUCUUCAGCUCCAAGCAGAAUAUGACUGGAAACUAAAAUCAGCUGAAAAUGCAAUAAUUAAACUGCAAAAAAAUUCAGAAUCCAUAGUGAGUUCAGUUUCUGAAGUGAAAACCUUGGUGGAGGAGAAGUUUGAGGAGCUACUGCAAGCUGUCAAGAAGACUCACUCUGUCGUUUUAGCAUUCCUCGAGGAGAAGGAGCGCACUGCAGUUAAUCAUGCAAAUGGAAUAAAGAUUCACCUUGAGAACAAGCGAGGGACAAUGGAGGAAUGUAAGAAUAGGUUAGAGAAGAUGGCCACACACACCAAUGACAUCAUCUUCCUAAAGGAAUACUGUGAAUUCAAGAAGAGUGCAGGAGAUGACACGCUACCCAGUGUUUAUAUUGGUCUAAAGGACAAAUUAUCAGGAAUCCGAAGGGUGGUCUCAGAAUCCACAGAACACAUUUUACAGUCACUGCAAACUUCCUAUAAGGACAAGUUACAGGAAUUUGCCAAAGAUGAGGAUGCUGGGAUAAAAACAAUGGUGUCUGCAAUUGUUUCAUCCAAGCACCGCUUAUCAGCCCCAGAACCUGAAACUAGGAGUGACUUCCUCAAGUAUACUUGCCCACUGACGUUUGAUCCAAUUACGGCUCAUCGCUAUUUGAGGCUCUUGGACGACAACCACAAAGUCACCAACACAACACCAUGGGAGCACCCGUACCCUGAUCACCUAGAAAGAUUUGAGCACUGGCGCCAAGUGCUCUCAGACAAAAGCUUAUAUAUUGGGCGCUACUACUUUGAGGUGGAGAUCUUUGGGGCUGGCAUUUACAUUGGUAUGACCAACAAGAGCAUAGACCGAAAAGGUUCAGAAAGCAAUAGCUGCAUCUCUGGGAAUAACUUCUCCUGGUGCAUCAAGUGGAAUGGCAAGGAGUUCUCAGCUUGGCACAGUGAUAUGGAGACACCCUUGAAAAGCCAGGAGUUUAGUAGGAUAGGAAUCUACCUGGAUUACCCCAGGGGUACCCUGUCCUUUUAUGGAAUUAUUUCUGAAACCAUGACACUGUUACAUAAAUUUGAGUGCAAUUUUACCGAACCUCUGUACCCAGCCUUCUGGCUAUCAAAAAAGGAAAACAUGAUGCGGAUAGUUAAGCUGCGGGAAGAGGCGGAGCGGAGUCCAGCCCCUCCUAACUCUGGAGAAGUUCCUUCAGCCAGUACAGCUCUGGCAACAGGGAGUGAAGCAAUGGCAAGUAUAAAGAUGAAUGACUUGGGUGUGAAUCCAGUGAAUGGGUGAUUUAAUCAUGGGCAGUUGCCUACCUUUUAAUGUGCCACUUGUAUGUCAUUAAAUAAAUAGAUCUUUAUAUAUAC